GGGGUCCGGAGCGGGAACGGAGCCCGGAGGCGGGCGGAGACGCUUCCUGCGAGAGGCCUGCACCGCCGGGCCGCGACCCAGGCCUGGGUCGGGCCCGCUGCUGCUGCCGCGUCUUUGCAGGCGCUCGUUCGGCGUCAGGGCCCGCGGUACCCGCGAGUUGCGUCUGAAGGAUCUGAGCAGGGCUCCAUCUGCUGCAGGGGCCCAUAGCCCGUACGGGUCCGGUGCCGCAGUUGGGCUGGUAGGAGGCGGUGGUUGAUGCCAGUUGGAUAAAAGCUGGAGCCAGGCAUGAGGGUGAAGCAUCACCUGCAACAUCGUGGUCAGCGGUCAGUCAGUCCCUGCUGGGAAAAACGGGCAUUUCCCACACGGUUUCCAUCGACAUGUAACCACUGAAGGUUGAACAGUGAUCAUGACAAGACUAACAUAUGUAGAAGCCAUGGUGUUCUUUUUGCAUAUUUAAAGUAGGUAUUAUGCUCUAUCACAAUAUUCAGUAAUUUCAGUAAAUUCCUCCCUAGAAUCUUUCAGAGGCAGUAGUGGUUGGCUAGCUUAGUGACAAAAUAUGGUUUUAUAUAUGUCUCUGUGUGUGUGUAUAUAUUUUAUAUAAAUAUAUUUUACAUAGUUAUAAUUACAUGCACAUAGAGUUUUUAAUAUAUAUAUAAUAUUGGAUGCCCUCCUUAUUUUCCAAGCCCCUUUUCAUUUUUAUUUUCUUGCUACAAAUAAAAAAAAAAAAAAAAAAAAAAAAGUAGAUUCAGACUGGAUUUCUGAUAUCUCAAGAGGCCAAGUGGUGUGUGGAAGGUUCUGAGAAAAGACCCAUCAGACCUUUGUCCUUGCAUACCCCUCACUUGGUCAGGGUGGGGAGGUGGGGUAUGUUCUGUUCAUUUUGAUGCUACAGAGAUACCUUCACUCAAAUCUGUCAAGAGUACUUACACAACAGCCUUCAGCUGAGGAGCAAGGACUGUGUCCAUAAAAAGAUAUAUUUCAGUUUCAAGCAUAGAUGGGGAAAGUUUUUAACAGCUUCAAUUAAGACAAAUGGAGCUUUACAAGUCCUCUCUUCUAAAAGGGUUCAGAUCUGUCUGUGUGUGCAUUCAGAAACCCAGGGAAACUGAUGGGGUUCAUGCUGUUUCCCUACAGAUUAACCUCAAUAUUUUGUCCAAAAACAUCAGUGCUGGCCAGUCAUUACUCAAAGAACCUACCACCUUCAUUUGCAGAAUUUUGUAGAGAAGCAUUUACUGCUCAUAAAAAUAUACAGGCACUGACUCCAGCUUCUUGCAAAGGCAGGUGGCACCACAGGGCUCUCUCCUUAGGGCUGAUAUGCUUUUGCAGAAAUGUGAACUAGUAUUAUUUGGUCUGGAUAUACUGAUUGUUUCCAACUCUCCCAAGGAGAGGAUUUAUAUGGUUCUGAAAAUGAAAAUUACUUGCCUUCUUUCUCCACCAGGACUCCUUUGCAUUGGUAAGAGAGAAAUAAAAAACCUCCCAAUCCUCCCAACUUACAUACCCAGGUGCUAAUACAACAUUAUCCCACUGCUGGAUCUAGUCUUGGGUGGAAGCAGACGAGUGACCCCAGCCACCUGUGGCAGCUCCCUGGUGCUGAGAGAGGCUGGACACCUUGGCAGCCAGAAUGCCCAUUCCCAGGGAGAAUGAGAGCCCUCUUUCAGCAGUACGUAGUUAAUAGGCCAGCUUAGCUGUAGCAAACCUGCAUCCUUGGAAACACUGACAGCUACAGGAAGAAUGCCUCUCUGAACUACUGUCCUGGUUUCCACUGGGAUCAAGUUGAUUUUCUUCCUAGUAACUGUGCUGUGUUUUGGAUUCUGGAAAUAGUAAUGCUGAUAACACACUGAUGUUUUGGUUCUGCUGAGCAGUGUUUACACUAAGUCAAGGGCUUUUCAGCUUCUCACCCCACCCCACCCCACCAGCAAGGAGGCUGCAGGGCACAAGAAGCUGGGAGGGGACACAGCCAGGACAGCUGACCCCAGCUGAUAUUCCAUACCAUAAGAUGUUGUGCCCAGUAUGUAAACGGGGUGGGGGGGGAACUGACCAGAGGCCACUGCUCAGGAACUGUCGGAGCAUCAGUCAGUGGGUGGUGAGCAAUUGCACUGUGCAUCACUUACUUUGUAUAUUCUAAUUACUGUUGUUCUUUUCCUUUUCUCUCCUAGUAAACUGGGUUUGUCUCAACCCCCAUAUUUUACUUUGGGUUUUUUCCCCCAGUUCUCUCCCACAUCCCACUCAGGGGGCAGGUGGGAAAGUGAGUGAGUGGCUGUGUGCUGUUUAGCUGCCUGCCAGGUUAAACCACAACACCUACAGACAGCCUCUCCUUCACAGCAGUUUGCUUUACUUCUUUUUUUAAACAUGUGCACAAACCAAGAUCACAUCACCAAGCAUGAUGUGGGAUUCAAAAUCAGAAGUUACUCAAUUUUUAAGCUACAAUACAUAAACAUUUAUAAAAUAACAAGAUCUCUAAAUUCUUCAGUUUGAAUAAAAACAGAGUGCCACUGCAUUUCACAUAUACCUAGCCUUCACAUGCUUUGGAUUUUUUAAUUGACUGGAUUUCAAUGUUUUUGAUUAAAAUUAAACAGUACUCUUUGUCAGCUGUCACAUGAACAGUGGCAUGUUUGUCAUUCAGGUGGUGCCGUCAUUUGAGCCAGUACACAGUGAUACAGUUAAUUUCCCAAACUGGAGUUGUUGCCAUAGCUCCACUGUGAGACAGUGCAGAUCAAACAAAAGACUUUUUCAUGGAUACUAGUUCAAUCCUGACAUUCAUCUCUGGCCAUAACAAGAAUGCAUCUGUUUCUAACAGCACAACAUAACAAACAUAUUUAAAUGCUGUAGGAAAAAAAAAAAAAAAGAUUGGGGGAGCAAGGGAUGGGCUUUGCUUUGGGAAGGAAAAAUAACCCAGCAAGAUUUGAGACUUCCUCUGCUAAAGGCUUCAUCACAGCAGAUUACUUUGAGCUGAUCUUUAACCUCCCUUUGGACAAUCAUACAAGAACAACUUUGCUCAAUUGUCUUUUAAGAACAAGAAGUGGGAAUUCUGCUGGUGGUUCAGAGCCAACAAGUUUCCCUCAAGACAAGCGUGAUAGCUGCAGAGAAAAGUGCAAGACAACCACAGUAACGAAGAUGGUAGGCAGCCAAAAACACAGUACGGAAGAAGAAGCUCAGGAAACUCCCAGAUAUCAACAAAAGACGCUGACGGCACCUGCCCCAUUUGCAGAUGAAACAAGCUGUCAGUGCCAAGCCCCCCAUGAGAAGUUAACCAUUGCACAAGCCCGCCUGGGAACACCAGUUGACAGACCUGUCAGAGUGUAUGCAGAUGGGAUAUUUGACCUCUUCCAUGCUGGCCAUGCUAGAGCUCUUAUGCAAGCCAAAACUCUAUUCCCAAAUAGCUACUUAUUAGUAGGAGUUUGCAGUGAUGAUUUAACUCAUAAAUUCAAAGGCUUCACUGUGAUGAAUGAAACGGAGCGAUAUGAAGCCCUCAGACACUGUCGUUAUGUGGAUGAGGUCAUCAGAGAUGCACCCUGGACACUGACACCUGAGUUCCUUGAAAAACAUAAGAUUGACUUCGUAGCACAUGAUGACAUCCCGUACUCUUCCGCUGGAUCGGAUGAUGUAUACAAACAUAUAAAGGAGGCAGGAAUGUUUGUACCUACGCAGAGAACCGAAGGUAUCUCCACAUCGGAUAUCAUCACACGGAUCGUCCGGGACUAUGACGUGUAUGCCCGGCGCAACCUCCAGCGAGGAUACACCGCCAAAGAGCUGAAUGUCAGUUUUAUAAAUGAGAAGAAAUAUCGCUUUCAAAACCAAGUGGACAAAAUGAAAGAAAAAGUCAAGAAUGUGGAGGAAAAGUCAAAAGAAUUUGUUUACAAGGUGGAAGAGAAGAGCCAUGACCUCAUUCAGAAGUGGGAAGAAAAGUCCAGGGAAUUUAUUGGCAACUUUUUAGAGCUGUUUGGACCUGACGGAGCUUGGAAGCAGAUGUUCCAGGAACGAAGUGGCCGAAUGCUCCAGGCUUUUUCUCCCCGGCAGAGCCCAAACAGCAGUCCUACGCGAGGCCGCUCUCCAUCCCGUUCUCCAUCUCCACCUUGGGUCAUCAAUAAGACCUCCCCUCCCUCUUCUCCAAAAGCUGCCUCUGCCUCUCUCAGCAGCAUGAGCGAGGGAGAUGAGGAUGAAAAAUAAAAAAUAUAUUUUUUUAACCAUGAGACAGAAGAACAAGCUAUGAACUCAACCACUGGAUGGGGAGAAGCGUGAGGAACACCAGGGGUAUCUCUGACACCAGGGAUCGUGCUCUGGGAGAUGUCAAAAAUGAACUGGAGCACAGCAGGGGAGAUCUCAGGAAGAGCUUAUCCCAUCCCCACUCUCUCGCGGUGCUGGAGACCCAGCCGGCAGCACUUGCCAGGCACAGCCCCAGGGACUGACAGAAAAACACACCCAUGUGCAAGUUCCUGCCCCUGUCUUGCUGCUUUCCAGCUGCUGCUCCAGGCCAGGCCGGUGGGAGCUCUGCACCGAGGGGGGCUGGCAGGAGGAGCCCAGCAGGCUCCUGAUCCGGACCCAGCACACAGGGAAGUGCCGGCUGCAGCCUGCAGAGGGAGGAAGAUGCCGUUGUACCCUGCUGACCUUGAGCUCUUCUGGCAGGUGAAGGAACCGCAUUGCUGCAGGAAGUAUGUUGAGAAACAGGGAAUAAAGUUGGGUUUUUUUCCUUUUGAAUAACAUCUGCCCCAGAGCCCAAAUCAUGCACUGAAAUGAAGAGCUGUCCAGGCAAGUUGGUGGAAAUCCGUUUAAUAUAUUCAGUGCUGCUUGUUGACCAAGCCUCUGUGUGGGGUGUGUAAAGAGUCUGGCUUUUUGCUUUAUCAAAUUGCUCUCCACGUUCCUAGUGCCUGAACAGCUGCCUGAUCACUUCUGGUUUGCUCCCUGGCUUUGCACUUUGAAGGCAAGAAAGGAAAUGAAAAGACAGCCCUAGCUGGAAUGUGGUGGUGUAAGAAAUAAGACAGUUUGAAGAUGCUGGUGGUUUUUACUGGUGAAUUUCUAAAAAGAUCCCAAGGCCUUGGGAUGUGGCCUCCUAGGAAAACCUGCUGCUCCCAGCUAUGUAUCAGCAAAUGAUAAGCAAACAGUGCUGUUGUCACAUGGUAUUCAGCCAGUUAAACAAACUUCUCAUCAAACUCUAAACAGGAUGUGUUCACAGACACACUGCCCCUGCAGAGGAUCCCAAACCUAUUCCUCUACGCUAAUAUGGAGGAAAAAAAUUUGAAAAAACCAAAGGAAACUUUCUGAACAGGAUUAGGCACAACUAUUUUCUUUCUCCAUCCGUGACACCUGUACAGCCACAAGCAGAAACACAGAGGGUAGCACGGGUGAAGCUCUCCCCUCAAUGCUGAUCUUCCUACUGGGCAAAGCCAGUCCUGCCUGACAUCUGGCUCCAUGUUCAGUCCCUCAGCUGACACCUGCUGAAGUGGCUGCAGGGGCUGGCAGGAUUCCUGAGACCUGGGGCUGCUCUGCCUCACAGCUGCAGGAAACCCCCAGCCCCCAGCGCUGGGGUGGGGCUGUGCCACUGCUGCCAUUUGGUCCCAGGCUUGCCUGGCACAGCUGCCUCAGCACAUGGCCACCUUUGAGGCUCUCCAGCCCAGCAGCAGCUGUGGUGCCAGGGCAGCAGGUAAAGGCUGCCACUGCCCCCUGUCUCAUGGGCAGCCUGCUGGGCACAGCCUCAAGCAGUCCGGGAAGGGGGCUGCAGCCACAGAAUCACUCUUGUGCCACUGCUGCCUGGAAUUGCAAACCCACCAGGACACACCGGCUGCUGUGGGCAGCACCAAUCAGCACUGGCUGCUUCCCUGCACAGGCAGCACAAGAAACGCUGGGGGAGGGAGGGCUCCACAUUGCUCUUGGAAAAAAACUGAGGGACCAAGAUGCCUGAGCAUGUGGUGUGGUUGUGCUUGCUGGCAGCAGUGCCCCCCAGGCUGCUGUCCUUGCCUCGCUGGGUGACUCGCUGGUAGAUAAACUCCUUUCCAGAUACUCUCUGGGCAGGUAAAUUACAGACCUUGGUACCAGGCACCAAAUUUGCCCCACACUCUGCUCACUCCUACAGCUUUCUUCCAUCCCCCACUAUGAGGUAACUAAUUUUUCUUUGGGAACAUUUUGCCAGACACUUCUCAGACUACCACAAGACUGAGUACACUGCAUCUCGUGCCACACUUUGUCCUCCAGAGUCAAGCUAGUUCCUUCACAGAGCUGCAAAAACAGGUGAGCAGGAAAUAGGGUGGAAUGUGCAAAGGGACAGCCACAGCUACUUCAGCUGCCGCCGCGCCCAAUGGGACAAUGCAAUUAAAACCUUUCUCAGCCUUAGGCAACCUGUUACUGUAAUUUCAUACCUGGGAUGCACUUGUUAAGUUUUUCUGAUCCUUUGCAAGUCUUAAGUCUUGCCAUCACAAACCACUCCACCACCACAGGAACUGCCUGCUUCUACUGGUGCUGUUGAUAGACGAGCCAUGUCCAAAUGCAAUGGAGGUGGGCAAGGAUUUGUUGUUCUUGGCUUUUACCAUUGUUUUUUGUUCAUUUUACUUUCAUAGCACUAACUGUUUAGCAGCCCUUGCUCAGUGGUUUGAGUGGAGACAGCACCAUGACUUGUAAAUGGUAACUAGAGAAAAACUCACCAGUGACCUGUUCUUAACAGAAGCUGUUUCUCAGGGUCACAGGUGGCUACCCAGCAACAAAGCCAUAUUCUGUACCAGGUGUCUUGUUUCCAUUUAGGAUAUCAGUAAGCUGAAGCCUUUGCCCUGCUGGUACAUUCAUGUGCUGUCUCCAGCAAACCAGAACCUCAUGGUGUCUGGACACAUGAAAGGCAAUUUUGCACUUCUGAGUCAUGGUUGGGUUUUACUUUUCACAAGUGUUACUUUAAUUGAGUCCUAUUUAUCAGCCAAGCUCCAAGUGAAAAAUAAAGUGUAUGACAGCCA